UGUCGCUCGUGACGGUCGUGAUCCAAGACUGUUUCGUGGCUUUUCGAUUUCCAUUUCAAUUUUUUUUUCAAUUGGUUGUAAUUAUUAGUCAAAUUGUGUGACCAUUCCUUAUUGAGAACUUCUGCUUUUAUUGGCAAAGAAUGGUUUUUUUUUUUGCAACAAUUUAUCUUGUGACACUUUCCGUUUAUAAAUAUUAGUGACCUACGUAUUUAUCUCAGUUGGAUACAUUUUCUUUUUCUACAUGAUUGCAAGUGACAGUUAAAUACGAGCGAGGAAUUAGUUCACGAUUAAUUGGAUUUAAAAAAUCGUUUAAUAGUUCACGAAUGUGCGACAUGUGUUGGAAGUCACAUGAUAUCAUAGUGAUGUGACAUUAAUUAAAAUGUAAUUGUGUUAUCGCGCAAUUAACUCGUAUCGUCAUAAAUUUUUGUUGCUGAUUAGUUGCACUAUGAACGAAAUAGAUAAAACGGUAUCUCGGAUUUCUUAGAAUUUUCAGUACUCUUGAACUGUUCGCGAUACAUUGUUGCUAAUCGGUUCUAGACGGUUUUAUCUCUUCUUUCUAUAAUUGUAUGCGGACAAUGAAUUAUAGAUUAAAUAAUCAAUUGAAAAAUUCCUGACGACACAACAUUAAUAAAAUAGAAAAGAAUUUUGCUUAACAAUUUACGCAGUAUAAAUAAAAUUAAAAUAAAGAUAAGAAUAUAUAAGCUAUAAUUGCUAAGAGUCAUUAGUGAAAGUCUAAAAUUCACGCGGAAUCUGGAGAGAACCGAUCGAGCUACAGCUUCGUAUGGAUCAUCGGGAAUGGCUGCGUUUCCGGUCACCGGGUGGGAAUAUCCUGAGCGCGGCCUGGGAAUAUCCUGGCAGAACUCCCGCAUUACGGACCGGAGAGUCCGAGUUAUGAAAUACCGAAGUGGAAACGCUCGAGUUGCCACGAGAGCACCGAGAUCAUCAAGUGCAGGCACCAACAAUCUGCCCCCGUUGACGUUCCACCAAGUUCAUGGUGAGAACAUCAGACUCCUCAAUGGCGGGACCAUUGCCAGAAGAUACGAAAGCUUCUGCAGGGGUAUUACCUUCAGCGCUCGACCUGUCCGAGUCGGAGAAAAGGUAUGUGUAAAAUUCCUCGAGAUCUCGGACAACUGGAGCGGCGUGAUCCGUUUCGGUUUCACCAGCAACGAUCCGAUCAAUCUACGAAAUGGCCUGCCGAGGUACGCGUGUCCAGACCUGACGAACAAACCCGGUUACUGGGCGAAGGCCAUGGCCGAAAGGUUCGCCGCGAGGGACUCGGUGCUCUUCUAUUACGUCACGUCCGCCGGCGACGUGCACUUCGGCGUGAACGGGGAGGAGAAGGGCGUCUUCUUCAACGGCGUCGAAACGCGAGGCCCGUUGUGGGCGCUGAUCGACGUUUACGGGAACAGCACCGCGAUCGAGUUCGUCGAUCCAAAUAGGCAACACUUCAAUAACAUCAGGAGAGGCGCCGAACACAGCAACGAGGACAAUGCGCAGCACAGCAGGCACUCGGCGAUGGACGACGCGAGCAACGCGAGCAGAGACGUCGAGAGGAUCAUCGUGCCGACCAUGCAGAACAUGGCGAUCCAUCACGAGCCCGACGUCGAGCUGCCCGGGCUCAGGUUUCAGCCCCCCGGUGUCAUCUUCACACCAUUACCCUUCCACUCAACCCGCGGUAGGAACAUACGUUUCAGCAACCAGCAAUGCGUGGCGACGCGGAUCGACACGGAAUUCUGUCACGGAUACUCGUUUACAAGUAGACCGCUGGUACUGGGCGAACGGCUGGUUGUACAAAUUCUAGCUACGGAGCCGAUAUACGUCGGCGCCCUGGCGUUAGGUUUGACCUCUUGCGAGCCAGACCGAAUCACUGCCGACGAUCUGCCGAACGACAGUGACCUCCUAUUAGAUCGCCCGGAAUAUUGGGUAGUCUUCAAAGACGUGGCGUCCAAUCCUCAACCCGGUGACGAGAUAGCCUUCACGGUGACUCACUUCGGGGAAGUUCAAAUGAGCGAGAACGGUGGACCACCGAACGUUGUGAUGCACGUGGACCAGAGCCUCCAAUUGUGGGCGUUCUUCGACGUUUACGGUAGCACGCAACGGAUCAGGAUACUCACCGAGAAACCGACGUCACCCCCGCGAACCCGUCAGAGCAAUCCCUCUCCAGCGAACAUGUUGCAACAGCAACAACAGCAGCAACAGCAGCAGCACUGCAAUCACAGUAACGCUGCCACUGAACUGUCCAGAUUUUCGGAAAUGGUACAAUUCAAACCGGCCAUCGGCGGAGGCACCGUGCUGGUAGUGAAUCUCCCGCCUCAGACAAGCUUCGUCACACCGUCCUCAUCCACGCCUCAACCCACUUACGCUUCCGCCGGGCACAGAAGUCAACAUACGCAUUUACCAGCGGUCGCCGCGGCGUCCACGGCAUCCACGUCAAAUCCGGGGUCCUCGAGACAAUCCUCGCCGCCUUUGACGGGCACCAUGGCCAGUACGGGAUCGUCUACGUACGUGGAACCGGUGAAUUACCAGAGUCUCGACGGCACUCUCACCUCGCAAGCGUCCUCUCAUCUCCAACAAUGGAGCGAGGGCCUUCAACCGACGCCCGGACAGCCGAACGAGUGCUCGGUCUGCUACGAGAGAAGCAUCGACAGCGUGUUGUACAUGUGCGGUCACAUGUGUAUGUGCUACUCGUGCGCUAUUCAACAGUGGCGCGGGAAAGGUGGCGGCCACUGUCCGCUUUGUCGGGCGACCAUCAGGGACGUGAUUCGUAUCUACAGAUCCUGAACAAUGGCGCAACCACACCGCAGAAGAAACGGUUCCAGGAUCUGAUGUCGAUUCGCAUCGGGUUCGUCUCCUCGGAACAGGCGUAAUCACGCCCUCUCCGUUGACUGAUGGAUCCUCUUGGUGUUCUCGUUCUCAAUGAAACUAUGCUCAGGAUAAAAUUAGAUCUUCGACAAGGGCUCGACUUUCCUCUGCUUCGGUUUAAAUAUCGCGGGUCGUUUCGGAGUGCUCGGUACUUCGAAAUCUGACGAAGAAGAUGAGAGAGUCCAAAGAUGCGCAGCGUUCAAGAUGUGAAGAGGAUCGAACCGAUUUAACUACGAGGCGGGAAUACAAGGAAUUAUGUUUACGUGUCGGAGAGAGGAGGGUCCCGGUUCAUCGGCAGGUUCUCUGUCCUCGUCAAGUGAGAUUCUGUGUCGCUGGACUGUACGUCGAUUUCGGACGAGUGACGUAAAGAUUCUGUGUUAUACGUCUUCGAGAUCGGCGCGGGAAACGAGUGAGUGAUAUCGAAUGCAAGGUAAACAAGAAGAAAAGAAUGGGACAAGUGGAGGAAAAAAAAACACAAAGAAAGAAAGAGAGUAAUAUUGAUCUUAGAUAUUUUCACAACCGACUUUAUAUAUAAAUAUAUUAUCGCUACCGUUAUUAUCAUACUGCAGCUACUAUUCUCAGCCUUUAGUUUGUUAUCAUUAUUUGUACGAUUUAGUAAUACAGUUCAUGAUUUUACACGGUAACAGUUAUUCUUGUACGAAGCAAAAGUGAGAGAGUGAAAGAGAGACAUAGCGAGAAAGGGAGCGAAUGAGAAUGAGUACACAUUAUUUUUUAUCUUUAAGGACAGGCCAGAUCGUCGUCUCGAUCGCGAUGCGAUCGAGAGCGCGUGAUUUUUGUUUUUUUUUUUUUUAUUUAAUGACUAAAAGAAAUACGCUCGUGUGAUUACGUAGAAAAGCGAAUCUUUGUUAAGCAGCGUACACCUACGUAGGUUUAAGUUCACAUCGCUUAUACACCCUCUCCCGGGUUUCUAUUCUUAUUUUUUUUUUUUUUUUACUCCUUCGCAUUCUAAUUUGCUCUCGCAGAGUAGGAACAACCGCGUCUUCGAGCUUCCUCGUUUGUUACUUUUGACAAUAAACGCUUGGAUACGUGUGCACAACUUAAGGACGUCGUUAGACAAAAGGAAGAAGUGAAACGGUUCGAGCGACCAUAACUGUGGCGCGUGUGUAAACCGAUUUUUCUAUGUAGUACACGUGACGCCGUACAUAUUACCAAAGAGAUAACGCCGUACAUACCGAUUCCUCCCCCGCUCCGUGUACGUUACCGAAACGUGCUCGCACACACUCCUCCGUACAGCCAGCCUUACAAAACGAUUUUUUAUACGUUUUAGAACUUAACGUUACCGUUUUCUACCGAGAUUUACGCGACCCACAAAAUGCUACACGAACAGAAAAUGUUAGGCUCGUCCCUGGCAGUUGCAGUACGUAGACCACAAUUAUGCAAGAGCAACUGAUUCAUUUCUGAUCAAAUAAUUUUCGCUAAAUUCCAAAAGAAUGAAAUUCACGUCCUGAAGCUUCGUGCGUUUGAAACGAAGGCGAUAAAAGCUCAGAGAUUGUAAUUUAUCGCGUAGGAUCGGUCCAGCGAGACGCUAAACAUAUUUUUAACCACAACAGACCUCCGCGUUGUAUUCCUAACUUGGUCGAGCGACAAAAGUACAAGCGAAGUUACUAUACUACAACUAGAUUGCGUAGCGUUUUUAAGGGACGAUGUUUAGAGGCUUUUAUUCAGUGUUGAUGACUAAAAUGGAAUUAUUUGAGAAGCCCGACAGCGCCAGGCAGAAAUUCUCCGGCCGCCUCUCGGGUUUCUCAUUUUGUUAUGAACUAAAAGCGAUUUAUAGAAUCUCGUAGCGUCUCGCCCGACCGCUCCACCGACGAUCUAACAUUGAAAAUUGUUCUGCCGCUGCGAGUCUGUCCGGGGACGAGUUAUGACACUGCCUCCACCAGGUUCGCGUUUCUUUUGUUACGCGAACGAGAGAAUCGAGCCGGUCGAUCGUGGAACGACAUCUGAGAGACGAUCUCGUUGCAAGGUCGAUCGGUUGCGCGAGGGUCACCGAUCCUCCCCGCAUGUGAUCGCCUUAUUUUCGUACAGCAGCGAGUCGCGCCGAUGUUUCGCUUCUCCAUCUCGGUCCUCGGACGCGAAUUGAAAAAAUGAAGAAACGAAUCACGGAAUCCUGGCGACGACGAGAGACGAGCUUCCUCGAGGCCGUGCCUUAUAGACAUUUUACCGAACAUCUCGCAUCGUCUAUCGCUCGCCUAUUGAGCUUACUCCUAUUAUCGAUCGACAGAGAUCGUCCUGACGGAAAGUUCGUCUCCCGAUCGUUCGUCUUUCGGUGAUCGACGAUCCACGCCUUCGAGUCCUGCUCAUUGUUUUAGAGUUGUUUGUGAGAUCAAGGGAACGAGUAGAAUGAUGUGUUUACUUGUCAGAGAAGUCGAAUUAUCUCCUUGCGCUGCGUUUUCAAGAAUCGUUAGACUUAAACAUAUGAAAAGAAACGCGAUUAAUUAUCUUUAAAUCGUAAAUGAAUCGACUUUUCUUUUAAAUACAUUGCUUGUAUCGCUAAGCCAGUUUCCAAAUUCUCUUUAAAAUGUUUCGCAUAUACGAUAGAUGCGUUGUUAGGCACGAUCGACACGAUCGUCUAUCGAAUUUUCUAAUUAAAAAACAUAUCGUGAUAGCUCGUUCAUUAUCUUUCACAACGUGGUAUUAAGAAAAAUAAAAGCCGAGCACGUCUUCCCCGACAAACAAUUUAAUCCGUGGGCAGAAAUUAUUCGUCCGGGGAAGGUUUGCUCGCGUUACGUUAAAAAUAAAACAAAUUGAGGGGAGACAUUCGUUGGAGAUACAAAGCAGAGAUGAUGCGAGAAGGCAAAGAGAGAGAGAGAGAGAGAGGAAAAUAAAAAAUGAUCGGGUUUGCGGUUCCUAGCCGUUCCCGGAGAUGCGAGAGCAAAAGGAGAAACAGAGAAAGGAGGGAAAAGAGAGAGACAAAUAGAGUGAAAGAGGAAAAUUGUCAUCGAACAACGGAUGCGCAAUAAAGCAGUAGUGAAAUCUCUAGUCCAGCGAGCGGCAGCUUUAAACUCGCCUGCCAAUCCAAAAAAGAAAUCAUGAGAUGAUGAUGAUGAUGAUGAUGAUGAUGGUGGUAAUAAUGAUGAGUGGACAGUGAUGAAUAUUGAAAGAUCGGAAAACGGUCUUUAAAAAAAGAAAGAAAAACGGUCGAGUAUGAGAGGUAUGAAGAGAGAGGAGCAAGGAAAGAGUGUAUGGAAGGUUUCGUAGCGCGCUUGUAUUUGUGUAUGUGAGUGAACAGAAAUUUUAUAAAAAUAUAAUGUUUUAAAAAUGAAAGAAAUUGCUAAUUAUCGCGCGUGUCCCAAACGCAUACAUACGCAGGUAUAUUGUUCGGAAGAAGUCAUGCGACGCGCGCAAUCGAGAAUCUUUUUAUUAGGAUAUUCUCUAUUUACAAUAUACAUAGAAUUUAUAAUAGACAUUUAAUCGCGUCUUCUCGAUUUCGACGAGAGGCGUGAACGGCGGUAAUCGUCGUUGACUCCGCGUUCAAUCCGCUCUUCCUGUUUCGCGUUACUGCCAGAAAUUUAUGAAAGGGGAGACUAAACUGAAGAAGGUGAAAAGGGAUAAAUUUAGGAGAAUAGUUCCGCGAGCGUGAACGUGAAACUCCAUUUUUCAAGAACGAAUAUAAUAGACGAAAUAUUAAUAUAUGCAUAUACGUAAUAUAUUUGAUUAUUAUCCUAAAGGAUCGAAUGCAAAGCCGCUCUCGUUGAUGUCACUGGGUCAUUGUCGUCGUGUGAACGUUUAUUACCGGAGAAUUGUAUAUCGACUUGCCGAUCGGAUCGGUCGAGUCUUUUACAUGUGUCAUGAUCGUCGUAACUCGUUAAUCACAUGGACAUACGUUUUUUUUUUUAAUUCUUUUAUAUGACAAGCUCAAUAAAACAGGGACGCGAGAAUAAUGGCCGUUUUUUUUUUAACUACGUGAACGCACAUUUCGUUUUCAUUUUUAUAUGACAAACUCGAUCAGUGAAUUAAGAUUUCCUUUUUCGAUUGUCACGCGAGAAUAUCGUUCCAGGUCUUCUAUAUUUUUAUCAUUCUUUUUAUAUUAUCACUGAUAUUAAUAUUAUUGUAAUUAUAGUUAUUAUUAUCAUCGUGAGUUUGUUUUGUAACACUCGGCGGAACGUGGAUAAAAAAAGGGAAGAAUUCAAUUUGUUGCGUAUUUUCUACGAUUAGAGAUGUCGGAGUCUUCAUAUGUCACGGGACCGAGUGUGUUUUCAGUUUCGUCGCGGUUUGAGAAAUAGUACUAUUGAUUAAAAAGCAGAAAAGAAAUUGAAAAGGUGUCACCCUGUCCCUCCCCUCGAGAAUUGAAAGACGAUUCUAUGUGCGAUAAGAGUUCUCUUUGUAACUGUAAAGCUGCCGAUUACGAAUUUAUACAUAUGUAAUAUAAUUCGUGUAGCCGCGUGCUGACCCUACACAAUAAAAAGCCUGUAAUAUCUAUGAA